AUGCCACGUGUCAUUGUGCUAGCUGUGCUAGCCUCGCUGGCUUUGUAUGUGUCAGGGGACCAAAUUGUGCAAGGAGCACUUCAGAAAAUUUUCCCAUAUGCGGCACCGGCCAAAGUCAAAGCGCUAACCACCAACGUCAACAAGCAAACCGCGAAGCCGGCCGCCAAAACCGUCAUCACCAAAUGGAUUCCAGCCAACUGGAAGGCAGCAGGGGCUACUGUAGAUGCCAAGAAUCCUCUCACAAAACAGGCCUACGCUCAGAAGAAGGCGUUGACCUUCAUAGAUUUCAGAUUUUCGCUUAAAAAGUACAUCAACUAUUUGUUUGUUCAAGCAGUUAGUACGAAAUACUUGACUCAAGCGGAGGCGGAUAACAUGAAGAAAAUGUAUUGGGCUGCUGAUACUAAAGCGGUCAAUAAUUUCACAAUGACCACUCAGAUCUUCAUGGCUGAUGCUUCAAAGGUCAAAGAUGUGUCUUCCAUCAAAACCAAAGUCCAGGAGUUGAGUGGAAAGUUUGCGACUGCCAAUCCGGAAGACUACGCAAACUUGAAUUGGUCUCUUUGA